AUGAGUGGAAGACCAUCUCUGAAUCACUCCUUGCAACCCGAGCCUCAUCCAUCUGCCCGAAAUGAUUAUGCCUCUUUUGCGGCAGUCGAAGAGGCAGACAUCUCGCCAUCUACUACAUUAAACCCAGUGACUUUCGACACCCACAGAGACGACGUUCGAGAUCCCCGCGCCACUACCCGAAACUUAGACCAAUCUACGAAUGCGAAAGUCGCCAUACCCCGACUUGACCUUCCGGUGGCAAGCCAGAGCAGUCGAGUUGGUCGGGCAUGCCACAACUGCCGCAAGCAAAAGAACAAGUGUUCCGGGGAUCAGCCGACUUGUUUGCGCUGCCAGGAGAACAACAUCCCCUGUGUAUACGUGGAUGGGAAACGAGAGAGAAAUGCCAAACACCUCACUGCCGUGACCAGCCGGCUCGAACAUUAUGAAACCCUUGUGCGCGACAUUUACCCCAAGGUAGACCUUGAGGUUGCUCGAUUCGUGGACCAGGCCCUUGGGAAGAUCUCAAGUCUUUCUCUGUCUUCGCCAACCACCGCCACCCAAUUGGAUGAGAAUGCUCAAAAUGAUUCACCAACGCCCCCUCCUGUCCCUUAUAUGGAGCACACCCUUGAGGACUACAAUUCCGACAUCUCGUUGCAAGCGACUGGAUUUUUCGGGGAGCAUUCGGCAAGGGCGUGGCUAUACAGACUCAAACGUCUCAUAGCGUCGAAAGGUUCCACCCCCAGCGAUCCAACGGAGGAACAUACGCACCCAUCGCUUGCUUCUUGUGGUUUCUUUGUCGAUGAAUCUUCGAUUUCUCUAGGAAAUGGCCUCGAUGUCCUCGCAUACCCCACACAAACCGUCGCCGAUGAACUUGUCGAUCGAUACUUCAAGGUCGCGCAUGCCUCCUUUCCCCUGAUUGGCAAGGAGGUGUUCCUUAGUCAGUGCCGUUCAUUCUAUUCCAAGUCGACAAUGCAGCCCGGGGUCAAGUGGAUGGCACUAUUGAACAUAGUGUUCGCGAUCGCUGCAAAGCACUCUGAACUCAUGGGAGAUCAAGGCCUAAUCGACCACAAUACCCACAUUGUCUAUUUCUCUCGGGCAUGGAAGUUAAGCAUGAACGAAGCCGUGAUGCUGGAACAUCCGAACUUGCAGCAGACGCAGAUAGAAGGGCUUUUCUCGCUCUACUUCCUUUCGACGGGACAAAUCAACAGGGCAUGGCGAAUGUGUGGUAUUGCGAUUCAAUCUGCCAUUGCAAUGGGUAUUCAACUUCGGAGCGACAGCCUUAAUAUUACACACGUGUCCAAAGAAACCAGAUAUCGACUUUGGUGGGCAUUAUACCUACUGGACACACUACUUUGUGUGGCGACUGGGCGCAUGCCUCGGAUGCAUCGGGAACACUGCACGACUCCUUUGCCAGUGCCGUAUAAAGAGGAGAGCUUUUGGGAUGAGCAAGUCAUGGGCGUCAUCCAGGAUAGCCAGGCUCGGGCUAGUCUGGUGGCAUCCUUUCUCGCCUACAAUACCUCCAAUCCCUCGGGCCAGCCGGAUCUGGGCCUUGGGCCCUUGCCAUCUCCUCAUCAGCAAUCAUCCCCCGUUCGAAAGCUCCGAGCCAAUCUGUCGCCUUACCUGAUCUACUCGAUUGACUUGUCGAAUGUGAUGAGAGAAGCAAUUGAAAUACUGUAUGCUCCUGAAGCGGUAAGGAAGUCGGCACUAGAGACCCAGCAGGCAAUGAAGUCUCUCAACAACACGGCUGAACAUUGGUUUGCCCGACUUCCUGCGGCAUAUCGCUUCACGGAUCCUGGCGCUGAUAAUGCUGUUGCUCGCCAACGUACAAGUCUGGCUUUCCAGUACUACUCGACCAAACUUGUCAUCUCUCAGCCCGCUCUUCGCUUUUUGUUCUCGGGUGACGACUAUGUCAGUCCUGGCCAUAAUCAGAUGGGGCUAGUGUGCUUCAACACAGCAUCCCAAAUGGUGGAUCUGUUGCCGAGUGAGCCAAACAUUACUUGGCUCUUGGGAUACUCACCCUGGUGGUGUAUCCUGCAUUAUCUCACGCAAAGUAUUGUCGUGUUGAUCUCCCACUUGGUUAUCCAGAGUACAGAACGGGGCAACCUUGAUUCCAAGUCAUUGGAACAAGUCCAGAAGGUUCUUCGAUGGAUGAGUGAGUUGUCUACAAGAGAUCCCGCGUUUCAACGUGCUUGGCUUAUCUUCACGGAAUUUCUGUCAUCCCAAGGAUUCAAUGUUGGCUUAACGUAA